AUAGCCAACACAAAUGGCUACUACAGUGUCAGCGUCGUGAAGAAAUUGAUAGAUUUGUUUGAGAGUUGUGACACCAUGGAAAUCAACGAAGAAUUCUACGAGUUUUUGAUGGAAAAGCUGCAGUGCCGUCCGCUGCAGCCCACUGAUACGGACAUCAUUACAUACACUUUCCAGAACGGCCUCGAAGUGAGAGUACGAGAGUCGCCAAACCUCAUCUCUGGUCUGGGCACCACCGGUCUCCGGACGUGGGAGGCCUCCUUGUACCUUGCCGACUACCUCAUGCGGCCGGACGUGCUGGCCAGCAUCGACGCAGACGUCCUUGAGCUCGGGUGCGGCACUGGCAUGGUCAGCAUAAGCAUGCUAAAAAACAGGGCUUUCCACAGUGGUAAGCUCUUCAUCACCGACGGCGACAGCCAGCUCAUGGAGCGUGUCAACGACAACAUUAAAUUAAACAUCGAUACUAGCGCCAGCAUCACUGGUAAUCCAAACUACGAGAUCCGCAAGCUUUGGUGGGGAGAAGACUACAUUCCGGACUCUGUCCAUACUGUCCUUGCCGCAGAUGUCACCUACGAUGCCAGCAUCAUUCCGGACCUCAUUAACGUUUUCAACGAGGGCAUGUCGCAAGGCCACGUCUCCACUGCCCUGGUGGCCGCAACAAAGCGUAACGAGGACACACUGGCGGUGUGGGAGCGU